GUUAAAAUAAUUAAAAACAAAAAUGGAAUCACCCCGAGAUAAUGACGUCAAAGCCAAGCGUAUCCGUUGCAACCCAACCCGUAGAUGGGCGGCAGCAGAAGAGAAGUCUCUAAUUGAGUUUCUGUUGGAAAAUCGUCAACUUGAGAAGCCGUCCGCUCAAGCUUACUAUAAGCAAUUCUGCAUGGCAAGUAAUCUAACCAUGGAGUGGAAGCUUGUGCGUUCUAAAGUGCGGAACAUGAGAGUGAGCUACAACAAAGCGAAGACAUGGGAAGGCUCGACGGGAGCAGGUAGCAUGAGUGGUGAAACUAUUAAAAGUGGUAUAUUAGAUGUUUCAGGUGCCAAUUUAUUUGAAUAA